CUCUGAGGAGGCGAGCACGAUGGACUUCACUUACUUCUGGCUCCUCGCUACGAUGAUGAUGUUGAUCCAUCAGCAUCAAGCUUCCACCGUCUCCAUCCCGGGCUCCACGGCGGAGGAGGGCCCCCUGGCGCAGCUCCCCCACACAGCCCACCGCCGUGAGAAACGCUGCUCCUGCGACAACCAGAAAGACAAGGAGUGCAUUUUUUUCUGCCACAUCGGGAUCGUCUGGGUCAACUCACCGAGCCACGUGGUUCCUUACGGAUUCGGAUCCGUCCGGCUCAGGCGGGAGCUCGUACGUUGCUUCUGCAUGGACACACAGGACGCUGAGUGUGUGAGCUUCUGCUCCGCCCACACGCAGACACACGGUGACGGUGCGGAGGUGACCGGGAAGUCUGACAAACGAUUGGAGAGAAACCCAGAUGCAUUAUGGGAAAAAAGGAGCCGGCAUGUACUCAGACAGCAGACCUGAGCGCCUCGAGGCCACACAUUAACGCAAUCAUCUAUAACAACUCAUGGACCCUUUAGUUUGUCCUCCGGCCUCGGAUGGUGGGGUAGACGUGUACAGUGUGUGUGUGUGUGUGUGUGUGUGUGUGUGUGUGUGUGUGUGUGUGUGUGUUUUAUGUAAAUGUAUUGAUGGUGAAGCAUCAGGAGAGGAGUUGGCUGAUGACAGCAGGUGGUGGGAGUUGAACCUGUGACCUCUCUGUCAGCUGAUUUGUGGAUCUGAGGAAUCGACCACGCUGCUGCGACCACGCUGCUGCGACCACGCUGCGGCGAAACGGGACCUCGCAUUCACACCUUUUGACAUUUUAGAAUUCUGACUUGUUCAGCACUGUUGAACUUCACACCUCGACACUAACAACUCUUUUUUUUUAUUACACAGUAAAACAACCUGGAGUCAUGAUGUAUGUUUGGACGUUUUUGGCACAAAAUCAGACACUUUAAAAUCUCAACUAAACUAAAUAAAAGUAUUUCAGGGAGGCCAAGCUGCAAUGCCCACAACUGAGAGUUAGACCCCUAGUGUUUAAAAUGGGUACUGCAGUCUAAAUUCAAAACAUUGUAGAGUGCUGUCCAUCACUCUUAGGCAUUUUAUGCUGCUCCAAAUGCUAGCUAGCUAGCUAUGUGAACAUUUAUCCAAAAGACGUCUCAUUUUGAUUCUACUUUGUUUUAAUUU